AUGAGCACUAAUGCAGCAAGCCAUGUUUUGGAUUUAGCAAAGCGAUACCGUAAUUGCGAUGGUGAUUACAUUGUUGGUAUAGAUCUUAGUGGGAAUCCAGAGGUUGACGCAACUCAUUUACUGCCGGUUCUGCGUCAAGCGAAAUACGACCGAUUCAAGCUCAGCCUUCACGUUUCAGAAGUUGCUGAGAACGGCAUACAAACUUUAAAACUUCUCGAGCUUCAGCCUGAAAGAAUCGGACAUGCUACGUGUCUGCUCAAACAUUCUGAUGUGGAGCCUUUCAAACUUAUGACAUCAGUAAUCGACAGUUCCAUACCGAUAGAGAUCUGUCUUUCCUCGAACGUCGUGUGCCGAACAGUUGAAUCGUAUGAGGCACACCACAUGGAAUUCUGGCGAAAAAAGAAUCACCCAAUCGUCUUAUGUACAGAUGACAAAGGAAUAUUUCUGACAUGUCUGAGCAGGGAGUUUACGAUUGCGCAGAAUACGUUUCAGCUUUCAAACAAACAGCUGUGUGAGUUGUCGUUCAACGCUUUACAAUACAGUUUCGCUUCGGAAUACUUGAAGAAUGAUCUAAAUUCAAAAUGGAAAAAUUUUUGGAGCAAGAACCCUGACUGA